AUGCCUCAACGCGCUCAGAACGCGUACACAGAAGGCGGUGAUGUCAUUGGCGGAAAGGAUCUCGAAGAUGCUGCAUUCACCACGAGACCAUCACCAUUCAUCCAUGUAUGGCACUCACUUGACAAGACCGGCAUUGCCUUGGAAAACUUCCGUCACAUCCAACCCGUACCUUCUGUCUUGAUAGUGAUUGUAGCCUUUUCUCCCGCCACCUUCCUGGGCUCGCCACGGAGGUGGGCACCAUCAACGAUGUCCUCAUCCAACGGCAGCGGCACCACUCUGCCAGACGAGCUCUUAUCCAUGGUCUGUCAAGAACUUGGAAACGAUGGAGAAUUUGGCUCUCUUUACAACUGUGCCCUGUCCUCAAAAUCAUUCGCCGACCCAGCUCUUCGGACUAUGUAUCAACGCCAUCAAUUCUCUCCCGUAUUCGAACAGAGAGACGAGCUAGAACUUCUGCGACGAGAAGCAGACCUCGAUUUCGCAACUAAAGCUGCCGAACAGACACGGUUCUUUCGGAAAUGGACGGUCCUCUGGCGGUCCAUCGUCCUGUCAAGUCUCGGCGACGACACGCAACCCCUUACCUACAAGCCCUACUGCCGGUACAUCCAAACGCUUGACUUUCGCAACCUCUCUGCAAUGCUGGACGACUACAAAUUCACCAAAACCAUUCAAACGGCAUUCUUCAAGAAAGGCCUCGAAGCGUUCUGGUUUCCGAGGAAAGAGUUCACCAGGAAUGCUGUCGAUGUCAUCGCCACCGUCAACGCCAUUGGUGAAGCUGUCACUAAGAAAGCUACUCUCCUGGAAGAAAUCGACGGGCACAUCAGUCCGGGAUUCCUACCUCGAUGGAUCUCUCGCUCUCCCAAACUGUCAAGUAUGGUAUUAUGGAGAGGCGACGCGUUAGCCGGGGGAGCUGGAGCAGCAAUCGCACAAAAAUGCGAACAUUUCCGGGAUUUGACGCUUCAUGAAUGGCUUUCCCCCGACGCCGACGAAUCGUUCGCGAUGUUCCUAGACGAGCUAAAGCCCAACACAUUAGAUUACUUUGAAAUGAUCAGCUACAACAACCUUGGCAGGCUCUCCUUUGAAGCUCUAGGACGUCACAAGUCUCUACGGGAAUUGGCCCUUGGCAAUCUAAACCAAGAAGCCGUGAGGAGUUUGAACUUUUUGAAGGGCUGCACCGAACUGCAAAUUGUCAAGCUCGACGACCUCUAUGGGACUGUCCAGUUGGAAGAAUCAAACAAUGAUGUCUUCCUUGAAGUGGUUCAAUGGCUCAGUUCCUGUCGAAAUCUGCGCGACUUGAGCCUAAAGAAAUUCUUAGAUGGCCCAGCUAUUCUCUCGCGAGUACUCUGCUCGCCCAACAUUAAAUUGACCAAACUGUCGCUGGAAGGAUACACCGUUCGUCAUACCAAUGCACAGUUAUUCCACGGUGCGCUUGCCGAGCAAAAGUCCCUGGAGUCGGUGUGGCUCAAGGGCAACGGCGAAGACACCACUCCUGACGACCUCUCAAUCAUGGUCCAAGGUCUUUGCGCAUUGAAGAACUUGAAAGAACUCGUCCUAAAAGACGUGUCCGACGAAUUCUCGGGAGACCACAUUACGACUCUUGCUGUGAGCCUCCCACUUCUCGAAGACUUCUGGACUAGUGGUGGUGAAGUCUCGGAAGACAUUUUACCCGCGCUUGCUGGCUUGAAGAACCUCAAGAACUUGACACUGUACGCCAUGACACAGUUCAGCUCCUCUGCCAUUAUGGAAUUUUUGGCUAGCCUCGACACCGAGACCCAGAAAGGAUUCAACCUAUCAUUGAUGGCUGCUGCUCCGGAAUACGACCUGAGCGAUUCGGAACAAGAACUAAUCCGUGAAUACAUCCGGGCAAAUCUUGAAGGUCGCUUUGACUUUGUCUUGUGGCGGGAUGCUGAGACAAGCGAUAGCGAAGAUGAUUGACGGAAGCGGCGCCUUUGACUGAAGCGUAUGACUUCUCAGCUUUUCGAAGCCGCAGACGAUUUAUCUAGAGCUGCCUCCAAAACAUGGCAGAACCGGAACACGUCGAGGAAAGAGUUAUACAAGGGCGCCGGCGCAACUCUAAUCACGUCCGGCUUCCUCUCGUCGACGAUGAUGCCUGCGUGCUCAAGAUUUUCAAGUACACUAUCGAGCAGACCUGGCGCUAAGCGAAUGCUUAGCUGGGCACCACGCUCACUUGGAUCUCGAGGGGUGACCAUGUCGAAUAGCCCAGGCUUCUUGAGUGCCAAAGCAUCCAGGAGCUGCUCGAGGUAGGUGGUCAACCUCAAAGACUUCUGUCGAAGGUCUGCCAUCGAAGUUUCAUUGAAUAUUUGCAGGGAUGCGACGACCGCGGCAAGAUCGAGGGCACUUGGAUUAGAUAGUUGAUAGCCCUUGGCACCGGGUCGGGGCACAAAUUCUAGUAAAGUUAGCCUUGA